UGGAUUUUUUUCCCCUAUAUUUUUGCCACCAGAAUCCAAAAGUGUGAACAUUUUAAAACUCUGUUCUGCAGGAAGUAAUCAGAUCUAAACACCUCAUGGCACAUCAUGCAUCAUUAGUAUGUAAUUACUAAGGGGUGGUGGGGAACAAGCUGGAAGCCAGGGUGCACAACAGCGGAAAAUAAAAGCAUCUGUGGUGGAUGAGGAUCCGUCAGGCGCCUCCGUUCGUGCGGCCAGAGCCGGGCCUGCCUGGAACUCGCGCCCGGAGGACAGCCACGCAGCCGGGCCGGGAGGACCAGCCCUUCCCCGUUUAUGGUUGGUACCGACCAUGGCGUCGCCCCAAAUCCUUGAGGGACCUUCCCUUCUCGGCUGCCGGGGCUCCACCGCCCGCGCGGGCACCCAAACACCUCGGCAAGAAGACCCCAAAGAGGGGUCCGGCGAGGCUCUGCACUGCAGCUAUGAAGCUGACCCUGAACGGAAAAGGGAACAAAUCGGCGAAAACGACCCCAGGCCCAAACACCCAGCCGGUCCCGCCUCUCUGGUCAGCCCGGCGGAGGCGGGAGGGUCAUAGAGCGCUCCACUUCCGGCGCCAAGGCCUCCUGCGGGACUAGAGCGCCCCUCUUCCGCCGGGCGUCAGCCAGGCUUCCAUUUCCGGGUACGGCUUCUGUCAUAAAGCCGAGACCUCGUACAAACGUGGCGUCGUGGGUCCUCCGUGCCUCGCCGGGGGUCAGCGCCCAAGGACAGCCGUGGGCGAGGGUGCGUCCCAGCCGGCAUCAGCGGCCGGCUGUCUCGUCCACGGUCCGCUCUGGCUGUUCGAACUCUUCUGAGCGCGGCUAGAUUUGGAACCCUCGCAAUCGAGGGUCCCUGGUGCGCGGCUGCAGGACCCAACUCGUGGACAGAGCUCCUUCGCCCUGCACCUGACCUCUAAACACACGCUCAGCCCUGCGGGGUGCAGCAUUUGACAAGUCGCCUUCUCCCCGACAUGCCCCCCUUCCACAAACCAGGCCCCAGUUAACUGCCUUCCUAACCUCAGUUUGAGACCCCUCCCUUCUUGCCCCCUCUCCACCUCUUCAAAUCUAAUAGUCUGUAAAAUUGGAGUUGAGUAUUACACAGAAAGAUUACCGUUAAGAUUGAGUAUUUCUUUGGUACCUAAAAAAAGAUUUGAUGCUAACUCAAGAGUCGCUGGGGAGACCAUGGCCGAGCAUGGGGCGCACAUCACAACUGCAUCGGCGGCAGAUGACCAACCUUCCAUCUUUGAGGUGGUGGCGCAGGACAGUCUAAUGACAGCAGUGAGACCUGCACUUCGGCAUGUGGUCAAGGUUCUUGCGGAAUCCAAUCCUGCCUCCUAUGGCUUCCUGUGGAGAUGGUUUGAUGAAAUCUUCACGCUGCUGGACCUUCUGCUUCAGCAGCAUUAUCUGGCCAAAACCAGUGCCUCCUUCUCAGAGAACUUCUACGGCUUGAAGAGGAUCAUCAUGCGUGACACACACGGCAUCCAGCGGCUGGCCAGCGCCGGCCUGCCCCGGCAGCAGCUCUGGAAAUCCAUCCUGCUCCUGGUUCUCCUUCCCUACCUCAGGGUGAAGCUGGAGAAGCUGGUCUCUAGCCUGCGGGAGGAGGAGGAAUACUCCAUCCAUCCUCCUUCUUCUCGCUGGAGACGCUUUUACAGAGCCUUCCUGGCAGCCUACCCGUUUGUCAACAUGGCAUGGGAAGGCUGGUUUCUCGUCCAGCAGCUUCAGUACAUCUUAGGGAAAGCUCAGCACCACUCGCCCCUGCUGAAGCUGGCUGGGGUUCGGCUGGGUCGACUGACGGCUCAGGACAUUCAGGCUCUGGAGCACAAGCCAGCUGAAGUUGGCAUGAUGCCACGACCAGCCAGGAGCUUCAGGGAGCAGAUCAUGUCAGCUCUGAAGAAAGCAGUAGGGGGCGUUGCCCUAUCCCUCUCUACCGGCCUUUCCGUAGGUGUAUUCUUCCUACAAUUCCUAGACUGGUGGUACUCAUCUGAAAAUCAAGAAACCAUCAAAUCAUUGACUGCACUGCCUACCCCACCACCACCUGUCCAUCUCGACUACAACUCGGAUUCUCCUCUCUUACCUAAACUGAAGACUGUGUGCCCACUGUGUCGUAAAACCCGAGUGAACGAUACUGUCCUUGCCACAUCUGGCUAUGUGUUUUGUUACCGCUGUGUGUUUAACUAUGUGAGGAGUCACCAAGCUUGUCCCAUCACAGGCUAUCCCACAGAAGUACAACACCUGAUUAAACUGUACUCCCCUGAGAACUGAAAGCAGUGAGCACCUGCUGUCCUGAGCCCUGCACUGUAGGGCACCAGGGCUGGUGCUCAAUGUGACGUGGCAGAUUUUCUCAGCCUCCACUGGGAGCUAUAAGUAACUAAGUGCUUAUAGACCCAUUUGAUCCUAACCUUUUAUUGGCUCUCUAGACUCCUAAUUACAGCUGACCAAGCUGUGCUGUGGAGCCUCAGGAUCGGCAGGGGAAAUGAGGGGCAGCAGAGGUGGAAAGAAGUAGUGGAUGGCUUAUCUAUUCAUUUCU